AUGAUAACCAAAAACAGAAAAAAUAAAGAAAUUUACAAAAAUGAUAAAAUUAAAAAUGAUAAAAAAGAAAUAAAAAAUAACAUAGAAAAAAGUAAAGAACAAAAACAGAGUGUCUCUAAAGAAAACCAUAUAAAAAAAAAUAUUAAAAUUAUAAAUAAUAAAAUAAAUGAUAUUAUGAAAAAGCAACAUAGUGUAUCUUCUAAUUCUAAAUAUUUUAAAGAAAAUGAAAAGAUUAAAGAUAUAGAUUAUUCUAUCAAUAAUUCUUUUAAUAAAGGGGGAAAAAUAUAUUUAAAUGAUGAUCACAACAAUAAUAAUUUUGAUGAAGAAAAUAUAAAAAUUGUUUAUGAUAAUAACUUUAGUAGUAAUAUAAAUAGUUAUAAAAAAAAAAGAAAAGAAAAAAAGAUAAGAUUAUUCAGGAUACAAAAUUAUAUUUACAAAAUAUUUACAUCAUUGUUAUGCUUAUUUAUUGUAAUAUUAAUUCUUUAUGCAUCUAUUGAUAUUUCUAUUAAUUAUGGUCCAAUAAUUAUUUUAUACAUUUUAGUUCUUGAAUUAGGUAGUAUGUUAAUUUCUUACAUUUUAUUACAAUUUCCUUUUUUUUAUCGUUAUUUAAAAAAUAUUUUUAUGAGAGCUAGAAAUGUAAAUAAGUAUUCUCAUCAGUAUAGACCACUUUAUUAUGAUAAUUUAUCAAAUAGUGAUAAAGAAACAACUAAUUCAGCAGAAAAAGGAAAUAAAUGGAACUCAUAUUCUUCUAUGAAUAUAAAUAAAUGUGUAGGUAGAAAUUCUCUUUUAAAAAGAAAUAGUUUUAUAACUUUCCUUUCCACAUAUAAGUCCAAGAAAAAAGAUAAAAAGAAAAAAGAUGAUUAUGAAAAUUUUUAUAAAGAUAAAAAAAGAAUAAAAGAAAAUAAAAAGUUAAAUAUAUGUAGUACCAAUAAAGCAGACGAGUUAGAUGAAACUUAUAAAGAAAAAAAAAAUAUCCAUAGAAAUGAUUAUAUAAAUAACUAUAAAAGAAAAAGUAUUUAUUUAGAUGAUUGCAAUGUAUGGAUAAAGAAAAAUAUGAGAAAAUCUAAUAAAAAAAGUUUUAAAUUAACAAAGUCUCUUAGUUUCAGCAUGGGUCUGAAUAAAAAUAAUAAUAUGAUAAUAAAAGAUUCUGCAAGUUUGGAUAAUUUAAAGUUAUUUUUAGAUCAAACUUCUAAUAAAUUUAUAAGAAAUAAUAAUAAAUUACAAACUAGGAAAUCAACAAUAUAUAAUAAAUAUAUACCGUUAACAUUUGCUUCUGCACACAAAAACAAUUUAUUUACUGAAAUUUUAAAAGCUCAUCCAAAGGAGUUAGCUUCUUUUUCAUCUGAUUAUUCUUCCUCUGAUGAAGAAUUUGAUAAUAUAUCAUAUAAAAAUAUUUAUUUUAAUGAAAAACCUGAAAAAGAAAAAUAUGAACAAGAAAUGAUAAAUAAUGAAAAAAAAUCUCGCAAUAAUUAUAUGGGUCAUAACCCUUACGCAACAAAAAAUGCCAUAUUAUUUCAUAAAAAAAAAAAAAAAAAAAAAAAAAAAAAAAAUUCUUUGAAUAAUAUAAAAUGCUUCAAUAAAAUAAAAAAUUUGUUACAUUUUUUUAUUUAUUAUAAUAUGAAAUCUCCUAAAUCCUCCAAUAAUAUAUUCUUAUUUUUUAGGGGUUUAUAUAUAUAUACAAAGCAUAGAUUUAUUCAUUAUGUAUCUUAUCAACCAAUAUGGAUAGUUGCCAUAUUAAUAAGAAUUGUAUUAUGGUGUAUUAUAUGGAUAUGGGCAGCAAGCUACAUGGAAAGAAAACCAAAAAAUUUUAAAAUAACUGAAUGGGAUAUGAAAAAUGUUCCAUCUAUAUAUGGUUAUAUCGAAUGUACAUUUCAGUGGUGUGGUGUUUUUGAUUAUUUUGUUGGGUUAUAUUUUUCUAAUAAUAAAUUAAAAUAUAUAUUUUCAUUUUUUUCACUCAUUGACUUUAUAACUACUCCUGUAUCUUCUUUGGUGAUGAAUUUUUUUUUCCCAAGUUAUUUUAAUAAAAAUUAUUGGUUUUUAAUAUUAGGACCUUUAAGAUUCUUAAGAUUGGUAAGAGCAGAAAGUACUAUAAGUUCUUGCUUUUUUUGGCUAAAUGAUGUUAAAAUAAUUAUUAUUGGAAUAAUUAUUUUAGCGCUAGCUAUUUUAUUUACAUUUUCAGGAAUUAUGUAUAUAUUAGAAGCACCUGAUAUAGAAAGGGAUUUUGUAAAACCAUUAGAUUUUGUCUAUUUUGGGGUUAUUACUAUGUCUACUGUUGGAUAUGGAGAUUACACACCUGUAACAAAAGCAGGAAAAUUCUUAACAAUGUUCAUAAUUAUUACUUGUAUAAGUUUUGUAGCUGCUCAAUUUAAAAGAUUAAAAGAAGCUAUGUUUAGCCCGAAAACUGUUAUGGGUAUAAUACCAAAGCAAGAUGAUGAUUAUAUUUUAAUUCUAGGUCCAGUUAGCCCCAUUCAAUUGUUAUAUAUCUGUAAAGGUAUAUAUAAUAGUUUUCCAAAUUCAGUUGAAUCCAUCUUUUUAUUUACUCCUCUUCCUGUUAUCAUUUAUCGUUAUGUAUAUGGUAGUAUUGUUAAAAAUACAAAUAUAAAGUUAUGCAUAAGUGGGGGUAAUGAAUGUUUUAUUUGUCCCAGCGUUAUAUAUGAUGCUGUUAUAAAUGCAAGAGCUCUUUAUAUAUUAAAUAAUGUUGACUGUGAAAAGUAUACAUUAUUAUACCAACAAAUUUUUUUAUCAAGUAGUAAUUUAAAUUUUAGUAUGCGUGAACAAAGCCAAAUAAUUAGUUCUAAUAAUAUUUUACAUAAUCGAAUUAUAAAUAAGUUCAAAAAAGAAAAUGCAUCCAAAUGGAACUUUAAUGAUAUUUAUUCAGAAUAUAAGAGUGAGAUAAAUAGGAAUAAUAUGCUUAAUUUAGAAAUGAAUAUCAAUAUUAAUAACUCUCAUUUUAUUACAGAAAAAGAUGACCAACAAUGUCUUCUAAGGUUUAUUGGCACAUAUAAUAUUUGUAAUUCUCUAAUACCAAUUACUCUUCAAUUAUCAAACAAUACAUACAAAGAUUUAAUUAAAUCUAUGAAUGUUUAUAAUUACCUUAGUAUUGAAGAACUAAAAUAUGCAUUGAUAGCUAAAAGUGUUAAUUGUAAAGGCCUAUUUUUUCUUAUUAUUAAUUUUUUUUAUAAACCUAAAGCAGUUAAUAGCUUAAAAAAAUAUAUUAUUGACUUAAAACUUUUAAUGUAUAGUGGUAUUCUAAAGAAGAUAAAUAAGGAAAAAUUGAGUAGUAAUAAUAUAAAAACCCAAAAAAUGAGUAAAUUAUCAAGUUCUGAAAAUAAAUUUUCUAAUUUUUUUUCCAUUUUUAAAAGAAACAAAAAUAAACAAAAAAAAAUGAGUAAUUCAAAAAAUAAAAAUAAUAAAAUUACAAAUAAUAGCAAUAAUAAUGAUAAUAAGGACAAUAACCAUAAUAACAGGAAAAAACAAAAUAUAAACAAGAAAUAUAGUUAUAAUGAUGACAAAAAUAAUAACAGUGAUAAUAGUGAUGUUUAUUGUAAUGAAAGAAAUAAUUAUCCUAAUAAAACUACAAAUAAAAAUUACACAAAUAAAAUAUCUCCUUCUAUUGAGAAAAAUAAUAGGAAAAAUAAUUCAACAGAAAAUACAUAUAACAAUGCAGUCAAUCAUAAUGAUCCAUAUCAUUCUUUUUUAAAAAAUAAUGAUAAUAAUAAUGAAAAUAAUAAUAAUAUGUUUCUCUUAAAUUCAGUUGAAGGUUAUAAUGGCUACCAUUACAUGAAUUAUAAAAAUUAUUACUAUAUGUUAGAAAAGGUUAGUUUAAAUAUGUAUUAUUAUUUAGAAGGGUUAAAAUAUAAUAUAUAUAGAUUUCAAUUUCCUGAAUGCAUGAGGGGGUUUUUAUUUCAAACUGCAUCAGAAUAUUUAUAUCAAAAGCAUAGUGCAUUUCUUAUAGGUAUUAUAACUAUUAAUAAAGAAAUUUUUUUAAACCCUAUAAAUUACAUAAUAGGGGAAGAAAAUAAAUAUUAUUAUACAACAGCCUUUUCAGGUAUUAUCCUAACCACCAGUUUAGAUAAUUUAAUAAAAUUAUCUUCUAUAAAAAAUAUUUCUAAAAAUGUAUAUGAAUAUAAUAAUAUGAGAAUUCAAGAAAAGUAUAAUUCCAUUUCUAAGAAUGUUAAUAAUAAAAAUCAUAAAAAUUUUUUAAAUAAGGAUGAAAUGAAUGAAAAUGCAGAAAUAAAAAUUGUUCUAACGUGUAAUGAAAGUUCUUCAUAUUCUGAUAAUUCAUCUAUAAGUACUGAUAACUUUUCAUACGAUAUCAAUUUAAAGAAAUCAUAUAACACUGAUAACUCUAGUAAUCAAAAAAAAAUCAAAAAAAAAAAGAGCUUACCUUAUAAUUUUGUUUUAGGUAUUUAUGAAAUAAAUAAUUAUAUUUCUGCAUAUCAAGACAUUUUUAUUGAUAAAAAAAAGCCCUUAUUGUUAGUGUGCGGUUGGCCUAGUAAUAUUCACCUACUCUUUAAGUAUUUAAAAAUUAAUUUAUACAAUUCAAUUAAUUUCAAAAAAAAAAAAAAAAAAAAUUAUGCUAGCAUAAAAUAUAAUGUCAUCAUAUUAUCUCUGCACAUCCCUAAAUUUAAUUAUGUUAAUGAUCUUUUUGAUUAUUCAAAUAAUAUAGCCUUUAUUAGAGGAUCAGCAUUAAAUAGUACUAAUUUAAUACAAGCUGGAGUUUUUUAUGCUAAAAGAAUAAUUAUAUUAAAUGCUAAUCAUAGUUUAUAUAUUGAUAAGGAUGCUUAUAGAUUAGAUAAUGAAGUAAUUAUUAUUAAGAAUAUAAUAUAUCAAUUGUAUCACCAUAUAUCAAAAAAUAGAAAUAAUUAUACUGAUUUAUUAAAAAAAAUAUUCAAAAAUGAAUUUAGAGAUAGAAAAAUUAAUGAUAUUUUUUUUUUAACAGAAAAGAAUUUUGAUAUAAAUGAAAUGGACCAUUCUUAUAUGAAUAUCUUAAUAAAAGAAAACACAUCCUCCUCUAAUUAUUAUUCAUCCAAUAGUUCUUUACAAAAAGAAAGUAAAAAAAGCAAUUAUGACAUUUUUAAUGUUAAUAAAAAUCCUUAUAUAAUAUGUUUAAUUAAAAAUUCAGAGAGCUUAGAAUAUAUAGAUGGAAGUAUAAACUUAUCUUAUGAAAAUUAUAAUGAUAAUGAAAAAAUGAAUAAAAUAUGGGAAAACUGUGGUGAGUAUAUUUAUACAUUAGAAUUAGUAUCUGCAAAUAUAUUUGUUGAUGAAAUGUUACAUAAUUUAGUUUCAUUUUCACUACCAAUAAGUAAAUACGCAAUUGAAUACUCAGUCAUAUAUUCAUUAAUAGGUAUUGAUAUAAAUGAAUAUUCUAAAAAUAUAAAAACAUUUCAUGAAAAUUUAAAUCUUAGCACCGGAUCAGUUUAUUUGGUUCCAAUUCCAUCUUAUUUUUACAAAAAGAGUUUUUAUAAAUGUUUUUCCUAUUUUUUACAUAAUAAACAAUGUUUAUGUAUUGGAAUACUUCGAUACUUAAAUAUUUCACCUUUAUUUAGUAAGUCUAAAAAGUUAUUUAUCUUAUCAUGCCCAUCACGAACUAUGAAAAUUGAACAAAAUGAUAAGGCUUAUGUAAUUGCACAUAAGUGGAAAUAA